GGAGAGAAAGGAAAGCGCGAGGAGACGCCGCCACCGCCGCCAGCGCAGCUGUGCCAGAGCCGCGAGGAGACCGGCCGCCCGACUCCCCCCCCCCCCUCGCCGGCCGCCGCGUCCUCGGAUUUGUUCCAACAAUCUGUUAAAACAUGGUGGAUUACUAUGAAGUUCUGGGCGUGCAGAGACAUGCCUCACCUGAGGACAUUAAAAAGGCGUAUCGGAAACAGGCACUUAAAUGGCAUCCGGACAAAAAUCCUGAAAAUAAAGAAGAAGCAGAGCGGAAAUUCAAACAAGUAGCUGAGGCAUAUGAGGUGUUAUCGGAUGCAAAAAAGCGGGACAUCUAUGACAAAUACGGCAAAGAAGGAUUAAAUGGUGGAGGAGGAGGUGGAAGUCAUUUCGACAGUCCGUUUGAGUUUGGCUUCACAUUCCGGAAUCCAGAUGAUGUCUUCAGGGAAUUUUUUGGUGGAAGGGACCCAUUUUCAUUUGACUUCUUUGAAGACCCAUUUGAUGACAUUUUUGGGAGCCGAAGGGCUUCCCGAGGAAAUAGAAGCCGAGGUGCAGGCUCGUUUUUCUCCGCCUUCAGUGGAUUUCCUUCUUUUGGAGGUGGAUUUCCUGCUUUUGACACAGGAUUCAGUUCGUUCGGGUCACUAGGACACGGGGGUCUCACUUCAUUCUCUUCAGCAUCAUUUGGUGGCAGCGGAAUGGGCAACUUCAAAUCAAUAUCAACUUCUACUAAGAUAGUUAAUGGCAAAAAAAUCACUACAAAGAGAAUUGUGGAGAAUGGUCAAGAAAGAGUAGAAGUUGAAGAAGACGGGCAGUUAAAGUCCUUGACGAUAAAUGGUGUGGCCGACGAGAACGCCUUUGCAGAAGAAUGCCAGCGGAGAGGCCAGCAGAUACCAGCUCUGGCCCCUGGCCCGGCCCCAGCAACAGUCCGGGCCCUCUCCCCAGCCCGGCCCCCGGCCCCAGCUCCAGCCCCGACUCCGGCCCCUUCUAUCAGCACCCGCACACAGAAGCCACCCAGGCCUGCCCCGACGGCCAAACUUGUGUCUAAAAGCAACUGGGAAGAUGAAGAACAGGACAGGCAGCGGGUUCCUGGCAACUGGGAUGCCCCCAUGACCUCAGCAGGUGUGCAGAAGGGAGCUGGUGUGGAGCACCCCCAAAGUGGUUUGCCCCCAGACCCAGGACAGCGAAAACAGCAAGCAGGCCUAUGUUGCUGCAUUUUGACCUGAGCAGGCUUGGGGAGCUGGGGGAAGGUGCCAGGCCUGCUGAGCAGGGGCAGAGGAGAUCCCUGCAUCCAGCUCACCUCCCACAGCUGCUCUAUGGACAACCCCAUGAUUAAAACGGGGGUCCCAGUAUUCUGAUGUGUAUGGAGUAUGUUGUCUAGGUUUAGUUGACUGCUGAGGAAAUGCCCGGUGCUGCUUCUGUCCCCAGUGGCUCCUUUUUAUAAUUUUGAUACUAGAUCUUGAGAUUUGUCACUUGACCUGAUUUGCCCAAGGCCACUUGCACACUUAUGUUUUGCAGAAAAAAAGCUACAGCCAGGUUCCCAGUAGAGUGCUCUCAGGUGAGCCACUGGUGAAGGUGGAGGCCUGGCUCCUCCCUCAGUGCUCAUGAUGGGAUCGUCCACUGCCACUGCCCAGCUCUACCCUCAGCCAGCAGCUUGUACAUCUUCAGGAGCAUUUCCUGUAGAACAUUCUGGAUGGUCAGCAUGUACACAUAGAGCUUUCCCAGUCAGGCCCAAGCCCCCUAUCAGUGUAGUUUUAUUGCCCAGAAGUGAGACAAGUUUGUGCCUAUGGCCGCACAAACUCAGCAGGCCAGACUGCAGAGAUGUGGCUUGGUUGUCCAUGUCUGAUUGUGUUGCAAAGUGCUCCAAGUAGGAAACAGGGAAUGGUCAAUUCUUUUGCUUCCCAGAACUUUGUAUUAAAGUCAAACCCCCAAAUCCCUUUAGGUUCUCCUCAGAGGAGAAUGCAGAGAGCCCUCUAGGGUAGAGUCCCCGAUGGGCAACACAUUGCUGGAACUGGGCAGCAAGCAUAUAGUUACCCUGCUGUGGGGAGAUGCCAGCAAAAACAGAUGGGUGACUGGGACACGAGCUUUGUGCAACUGAGUGACAGAUGGGGGCAGGGCUGCCUGAUUGCAUAGGAAGCUUUCGUGUGCCUCAGUGGCUAUGGACACCUCCCAGUGUCCACUCCCAGUACUCCCAGGAGAACUGGGAAGGGUGGUGGGAGGUCAAAGCAGCAGACUUGUAGAUUUUACCCCCUCUCUUCCCCCAUCCCCUUCAUGUUCAUUUAUGAAGGCAUCAUAAGGCUGACCCGUGAGUCAAUCUCCUGGUUUCUAGAAGGUACAUAGGGACAGGCCUGCUUGCAGAACUUGUUUACAGGUGCGCAGGCCUCCCACCACGGGAUCUGGACAGGAAGUGUGACUGCAGCAGAUGGCCAUUCUCUUGGCCCUGGGCCACGCCUGUUAAGCAAAAAGUGAUCAGCCAAGGCCGAAGAAUCUGGAGACAGUAGAGUUGAGUAGUAAGAACAGCAAAUCACUCUCCCCUUGUUGCUUGGUCAGUACUGAUCCAGACCUCUUCUGUGUAUUGUGUGAACCGAGAGUCUGGAAGAGCUGUGAAUGAGGUAAUCGUCUCGUACAUCCCCGAGUCCGAAGUCAGAAGCAUCUGCCAGCAUAUGGCUCUGGGUGUAGCUGGUGCUUCCUCCUCUCUGUCCCUUUGCUCCCCAUGUUUUUAAGGAACCAUGCUUUCAUAUAGAAACAUGUGAGCAGUCUUUCACUUAUCUCUUGUAUAGGAAAGUGUGAGCAGCCCUUCUUUGCCUUCUAUAGGAAAGUUCAAGCAGCCCCUUCACUUACCUUCUAUAGAAAAGCGUGAGCAGCCCUUCUCUUGCCUUCUAUAGAAAGGCGUGAGCAGCCCCUUCACUUACCUUCUCACUCAGAAAUGAUGACUCAUUUUGAAGUGGGAUUCUCCAAAUUGCCACCUGAGCUACGCGAGAACUUGGGUUAUCAACAGAGUGAAAACAAACCCGUCGUGAAGGACAUUAGAAACUUAGCUACGGUUCAAAAGCGGUUUCUGGUUUCCACAGCGACAAAGCCGCAACCUUUGGGCAGCAUAGCUUGUUCUGUACUGUGAGCUGCUGUUCUCCAGCAACACAGAAAGCUUUGCAAAGUCUGGUGCUCUGCUGUUGGGAUCAGGAGGAUUAAGACCAGUCCGUCCCUCUUAACAUUCUGAGAGCCAUGUUGAAGAACUAAGAUGAUCUGGGCCAGGCUUCCUGCCUGUGUAGCCUUCAGGGGUUUUGCUGUUACUGUUGUUUUUGCCUGGUUUUGUAAGUCUUGGGCAAGUUUGAAACUUUGUGCAGAAUUUCCCAGUGGCAGCUUCCAUUGGCUGUCGGCCAGAGAGCUGUCAGGUACAGUCUAGAAGAGCCAGGCUGGUUGGCAUCAGGAUGGGGAGUUUCCUCAAUGAAAGUGAUUUUCACUGAGGUGUCUUCAUAAAGAAGGACUUUGCAAUUCAGGCCAACCUGGCGUGUCAGUCCCCCAGGAGUUUCAUGGCUUUAAACGUGUGUGUGUGUGUGUGUGUGUGUGUGUGAAACUGGAUUGUCCAUGUGCUAGGUAAGCUCUGUAUCCCUGAGCCUUGGAUUUAGCAUGUGUUAUGUUAGCUUUUUUCUUUUUUCUUCUUUGUGGGCUAUUCUGUGACCUUUAAAAUUUGUUCUGCUGCACUUAUUGGAGAAGGGAUUAGUGGCAUUUUUCAUUUGUGUAUUCCAUACACAGCAUUGAUCUGUGAACUGUGAAGAACACAUGUCCAUUAAAAAUGGCAAUUAUCCGACAUGAGGAAAGUCAUGUAUGAAGGAGCAGACCUAUUCUUCCUUCUUGCUGAACUUGACCCUGCCCUGUGUAGUGGUGUGGAGCGCAGACCUCUUCACAGGGCACGACUUGUAAUUCAGUGAGCUGGACCUUGCAUCUAACUCUGCUGCUGGCCUGCAUCUUUGUGCCACCACCUGCUAAACUAAUGCAUGUGCUAGGAUUUUGGUGGAUCUCACUGUGGGAAUUUUGAGGUGUCAUUGGGCCUGUUCUAGAAGUUGGGGAUCUGAGAUUUCUUGUGGCUCUUCCUCAGCAUGAGGCUCACAUCCUACCUGCUUCACUGUGGCCAGGGUCUAAGAGCUUCUGCAGGAAUGAAGGCAAGGCCGUUCAUUUCUGGCUCAUUGGAAACGUCCAGAGACUGAGCCUCAGUCCAUCUCCUGUGGCCUUGGUUGGUAAGGUUGUGCUUGUUAGCUUUAAUGACAGGAAAAACGACAGUGGUUUUGUUUUCCAGGAAGAAAAAUGGUGUUCCAGGGAGAGUGGGCUGUCCAUUGCAGAGGGAGCUGUGGAAGGUCUGGACCUGGCAGAGUAGGUGACAGGGCUGUGCAUUCUGCAGGUAGGGCCUUGGCAGGGCCUCUGAGGACUGAG